GUAAUGGGCCUUUAUGAUAUUUACGAACGGCAAGUUGAAAACCUUGGAUUAAAUAUUUACAUUAGCAACACUUGUAUUGAAAUGUGAUUCUUGCAUCGGUUAAAGCGCUUACCUCAAGAAAAAAAUUGUAUUUUAAAGAGUUGAUCUGUUUCUAUUACUCAAAAAUAUGGAGGAUAACUGGAAUGAACUAAAUGUGUUAGAAACGUAUGGGGCUCAUCGUAAACGAUCAUAUAAAUUUCAUCUGACAAGAAAUUAUGUUUUCGUUGAUGAUGACUUUAAGCGAUUGAAAUCUUUUGGAACAUUUUUUCGGGAAAUAUUUUUACCAUAUGGAUAUCCAGAUAGUGUUAGCAAAGAUUAUUUGCAAUAUCAAAUUUGGGAUAGUUUACAGGCUUUUGCUAGUAGCAUAACAGGAGGUCUCUGUACUCAUGCUAUUUUGAAAGGAGUUGGUGUUGGUAAUGAAAAUGCGUCUCCCAUUGCUGCAACUAUUACAUGGUUGUUGAAAGAUGGAUCAUCCAUGAUAGGGAGAAUAGGAUUUGCUUGGCUUCAGGGUACAAAACUGGAUUCUGACUGUAAAAAAUGGAGAUUGUUUGCUGAUGUUGUGAAUGACGCUGCUAUGUUUUUAGAUCUGAUAUCUGGUUAUUUUCAAGAUUUCUUUUUGCCAAUAGUCUGUGUAUCUGGAGUAUUGAAGGCUAUUGUUGGUGUGGCAGGUGGAUGUACUAGGGCUGCCUUAACUCAACAUCAGGCUAGAAAAAACAAUAUGGCUGAUGUAUCUGCUAAAGAUGGUAGUCAGGAAACUUUAGUCAAUUUGUGUGCAUUACUGUGUAAUUUAGUUUUGAUACCUUUAAUAUCGGAAAACUCAUUAUUCAUAUGGUUUCUCUUUAUUAUUAUGACUUCAGUUCAUUUGAUGGCCAAUUAUUUAGCUGUAAAGUCUGUUGUUAUGGAAACUUUUAAUGAAGACCGUUUCAAAAUUUAUGUCCAUCAUUAUUUAAGUGAAGGACUGUCGGGGAAAAAAUUCUUAUCAGUAGAUCAAGUCAACAGUAAAGAAAAUGUUUUACUAAUACAUUCCGCUUCAUCAUCUUGCAUUCAUUUAGGCGCUUCAUUUUCUGAAAUUAUCCAGAGUAAAAGGCAUGAAGAUAUAUGUCAACUAAUGAAUAUUUAUAAAUCAUGUAACUAUAUUUUAAGUUAUUCACGAAGAAAUAUGAAAGACUUGAUAUCCAUAGUUUUAAAUAAAAGAGCAACAACUGAGACUCAAAUUGAAGCAUUAUUUCAAGCUUGUUAUAUAUCUCACUUAAUACAACAGAAAUCACCACUUUUUAAAAGUGAUGAUUCCGCUGUUUCUUUAGAAGCCCUAUCUAGAGAAUUUACAGAAAAUAUGUUUCAAGAUUUUAUGUAUAGCUUGCAGAUGAUGAAUUUUAACACGAAGACUGUACUUUUCAAUUGUAACCUUUGGCGAGCUGACUGGUGAAAAUAUUUUGUUUUAGAUUAUUGAAAAAAUUUAUUUUUAUAUUUUUUAAAUUUUUAUGAAAAUAAAGUUGCUAUUUUUAUUUUCUCA